GAAGCUCCACACUUUCACAUGACUAUGGGAAACUGGCUGGUUAAUCACUGGCUUUUAGUUUUGAUUCUGGUUGUCUGGUUGGGACUGAAUGUUUUCCUGUUUAUAUAUACCUUCCUAACUUAUGAGAUGUCUGAUAAAUAUUAUUACACAAGAGAAAUUCUUGGGACGGCGUUGGCCUUUGCCCGAGCCUCUGCUCUCUGCUUGAAUUGUAACAGCAUGCUGAUCCUGAUUCCUGUGUGUCGUAAUCUGCUGUCCUUCCUGAGGGGCACCUGCUCAUUUUGCAGUCACACACUGAGAAAGCCAUUGGAUCACAACCUCACCUUCCAUAAACUGGUGGCAUAUAUGAUCUGCAUAUUCACAGCUAUUCACAUCAUUGCACACCUGUUUAACUUUGAACACUAUAGCAGAAGCCAGCAGGCCAUGGAUGGAUCCCUCGCUUCUGUUCUCUCCACCCUAUCUCAUCCUGAGAAAGCGGGCAAUUCUUGGCUUAAUCCUAUCCAGUCCCCAAACACAACAGUGAUGUAUGUGGCAUUCACCAGUAUUGCUGGGCUCACUGGAGUGCUCAUCACAACAGUCUUGAUUCUCAUGGUCACUUCAGCUAUGGAGUUUAUCCGGAGAAAUUAUUUUGAACUCUUUUGGUAUACACACCACCUCUUUAUCAUCUAUAUCAUCUGCUUAGGACUCCAUGGUCUUGGUGGGAUUGUCCGGGCUCAAACGGAGGAGAGCAUGAGUGAGAAUCAUCCCCACAAUUGUUCAGAGUCUUAUCAGAAGUGGGGUACACAUGAGUCAAAAUGCAAGCAUCCUCAUUUUGAGGGGCACCCCCCUGCGUCUUGGAAGUGGAUCCUUGCACCAAUUGCUCUCUAUAUCUUUGAAAGGAUCCUUCGCUUUUAUCGCUCCAAGCAGAAGGUUGUGAUUACUAAGGUUGUCAUGCACCCAUCUAAGGUCUUGGAAUUGCAGAUGAGAAAACGUGGCUUUAGCAUGGAAGUGGGACAGUAUAUCUUUGUAAAUUGCCCCUCAAUCUCUCUUCUGGAGUGGCAUCCUUUUACUUUGACCUCUGCUCCAGAGGAAGACUUCUUCUCCAUUCAUGUCCGAGCAGCAGGAGACUGGACAGAAAACUUCAUAAGGGCAUUUGAACAACAGCAUUCACCAAUGCCCAGGAUUGAGGUGGAUGGUCCCUUUGGCACAGUCAGCGAGGAUGUUUUCCAGUACGAAGUGGCUGUACUGGUUGGGGCAGGAAUUGGGGUCACCCCCUUUGCUUCCAUCUUGAAAUCCAUCUGGUACAAAUUUCAGCGUGCAGACCACAAGCUCAAAACACAAAAGAUCUAUUUCUACUGGAUCUGCAGAGAGACUGGUGCCUUUGCCUGGUUCAAUCACCUGUUGAAUUCCCUGGAACAGGAGAUGGAAGAAUUAGGCAAAGUGGGUUUCCUAAACUAUCGUCUCUUCCUCACCGGCUGGGAUAGCAACAUUGCUGGUCAUGCAGCAUUCAACUUUGACAAGGCCACUGAUAUCCUGACGGGUCUGAAGCAGAAAACCUUCUUUGGGAGGCCAAUGUGGGACAAUGAGUUUUCUGCAGUAGCUACUGCCCACCCUAAGUCUGUGGUGGGCGUUUUCUUGUGUGGCCCUCAGACUUUGGCAAAGAGCCUGCGCAAAUGUUGUCACCGAUACUCAAGUUUGGAUCCUAGGAAGGUUCAAUUCUACUUCAACAAAGAAAAUUUCUGA